CACCACCAUCAAAAAAGAAGACUAAAGUGAGUUUUUCUCCAUCAAAACCCACAACAACAAUGGUGUCUGAAGCAAAUAGUUCUCCAUUAAGCUCACAAGGAUUCUCCUCUGAAGACGACAGCACACUUAUAAGAAGAAGCAGAUGUAACUUUGAUGAUAUUGAUAAUUUUUCUAUUUGCAUUGAAAGUGACGAUCAAAUGUCACUUGCAACACAGUUGAUUAUUAAAGAAGAAGUGCAAGAUACUGUAAAAGACAAUGAUCAAAUCAAAGAUGUUCUGGUCAAAAAUGAUUCAAAAGGCGAUAGCAAAAAAGCUGAUAUUAUAAAUGAAAUCAAAUUUUCAAAAAAAUUACCAAAAGACAAAAAGAGUAUAAAUCUUUCUGCGAAGAAAUUAACACCUGAGAUCAUGACAUCAAGAAUAACAAGGUCAGCUCAAUCAAUAUCAAAACCUGAAAACAAUCAGUUCGCAACACCUAUGACAUUCAGAUCAAACAAAAAAUUAAAUAGCACUAAAUCAGACAUGGGCAACUUCACAACACCUUUGAUUUUGAAACCUAAUUCUAACAGCCUUACUUCCAAAUCUGAUCUCCAGCAAUAUACAACACCAAUGAUGGAUGAUGCCACCAUGAAACAACUUUUAGAUGAAGCCAAGCAAGCUCCAAAGAAAAGACGCUCAAAGGGAGGAGGCAAGCAUCAAAUUAAAGAAGACAUAGAUAGUGAUGGCACUACAGAUUUGAAGAAACACAAAGCAAGAACAUCACUACUAUGUCCAGAUGAAGUGGAAAAUAACAGUAUUAUUGAUGCUUCAGGAGAUGCUAAGGUAAACAUUGCAGACAAUAGGUACCCAGACACCGAUUCACAACUGAGCAUUCCAAAGUUUUCAUGUGAAAGAAAUAUGCCUGAUGUUUUAGACUCUGACAAUGACAAGACUAGACUUUCUGAUUUUGAAGUUCCUUCUUUUCCUCUUACAGGAUCAUAUUUUAGAAUACCAGAAGAGGCUCAGGAUGUAGAGUUGAGUGAUUCAGACAAUGACAAUGCAUUGGAGACUUGCAAGUCUAAUAGUAUUAUUUCAGUUAUGGAAACAUUGAAAAGAAUGAAAGAAGCCACAUGGAAACAAAUUUCUCCAAUAAAAUGCAGUCCAAUUAUGUCACCAAAGAUCUUAUCUCCAGCAUUGUCUGGUAUAAGCCAGUUAUCUAGUGCAUCCUCAGAUUCUAAAUGCAGCUUUGUUGAGCCAGGACAUUCAAAAGAAACCGCAGAUGAUACCGCAAAUGAUACAGAACCAGAAAAUAAAGAACCAUUAGUCCAGAUAGACAUGAAUCAAAAUCAGAAAACAACAGACAAAACUGUCUCAAAUCAGCAUGAGGAAAAAUUUACAACUUCACAAAAUAGUCCUCCAAAGCAGGAAAAUCCUUUUAACACUAACAAAGAAGAUCAGAACAAACUAGAGAACAUUUCCACUAGUCAUGAGAAAAAUAAAAUUCCUUUGUCACAUGAUAUGUCUUCAAAGCAAGAAACAACAUCAAAUGAUGAAGUAAAAAAAGAAAACAUGACCAUAACAGACAUGCUUUCAAACUGUUGUCCAAUUGAAAUCACAAAGGCAAAUGAAGACAGAAAUGAACUUGUCUUGGAAACAAAAGUAGUCAGGACUAAAAAGAUAACAAGAGUUGCUAGAAGGAAGACACCAAAUAAAAAUAAAGAAAUGACUAACAAGAACAAGCAACCAUUAUGUGAACUGUUUUAUGAUAUGACUCCACCUGAACAAAAGCAUACAAAACAUUCUAACAGGAGAUUAAUAGCAAGUGCAGUUACACCAGGAAACAGCAACUUCGAUUCACUGUUUGAUACAAAGACAGAGUCCAUCUUUGAGUACUGUUAAGGAAAUGUGUUUGAACAAUAAUCAUGUGAAGUUAUUGUAAUAUUGGAAAUUGAUUACAUUUGAUUUGUAUUUUUCUGUUAUCAGUUUAGGGCUGUUCCAUAAAAAUAUACAUGUGACCCACUGAAGGCACUUAAAAAUUUCAACUUUGGGUAAGUGUCAAAUAUUUUUUCUGUAUUUAUUUACUUACCCCAUUUUCAAAGUUCCUACAAUGGGUGCCAUGCAUGUUUUAGUGGAACAGUUUUUUAAAGAUAUUCAAGAAAUGGGGUUGGCAGGUACAUAAGGAAGACUCUCUACAAUGUAUUAAAUUGUAAUCUAUUGAUUCAUAAUUGUGUAAUACCUCAUAUCAAAAUACUGGUACUAAAAUGAAGCCAAUCAACCAUAUUUAUAUUAUUUAAAAUAUAAAUUAUAAAAGUAGCUCCUGACUCCUAUAUUUUAUCGAUUUCUGAUAUAGAGAUAUAGAUUAGAGAAUCAUUAUUAUAGGCAAAUACUUGUCUUUUGUUAACAGUAGAAUCAUGAACUAUAGUUGAGCCAUUUUAUACAUUAUAUAUAUAUACUUUUGUUGUUACUU